AUGUCAUUCCAAGAUUCGUUUUGGACAAAGGACUACAUUGGCGGUGUACAAACCGUCUACGACAAGCUCCAGCAGGGCAUCCAGGAGAACCAGGAGGUACUUAACUUAGUGUCGUCUCGAAUCACGAUUGAGGAGGGAUAUGGACAACGCCUUCAGAGCGUUCGAAGCUCACACUACGCCUCAAAGGUGGGGUUUGGACGUGACGAGGGAGCCACUCUGAAGCAGGCAUACGAAGGAAUGAUUCUGGACAUGUCCGAGGAGGGAUAUGCUCAUUAUCGGGUGGCUUCAGCUCUUGAUAAGAACGUGCGGUCUCCAUUUGCGCAAUGGUCUGAAGAACACAAGCUGCGUGUAACCACAGCCUGGGAUACGUACCAUGUUCGUCAACGGUCCUAUGAGAAGCAGCUGGCCACGACCAAAUCUUUGCAGAGAUCCUUCUUCAGCAAGUGUGCUGCGAUGGAAGACCUGACCCAAGAGAGCAAUGUCGCGUUCCCUACUCUACCACAAUCACCCAAGACUGACGGUAGUGAGUCAAUUCCAGGUUCUACAGCCGCUUCCACUCCUCCCUCUAGCUCUGCUUCUGCUGCCGAAUUUGAUGGUGGCUCUAAGGAGACUCAAUUGGGAGGUGAGACAUAUUCGGAGGCUGCUCUCAAGAUGAUCUUUACCGACAUGCUCAAAGAGAUCCCUCUCAAGUCUCUCAAGGUGCCCAUCCUGGGAACCUAUAAGCGGAUUUCGACUGGCGACCAGAUUGUCAUGUGGCUGAGAAAGAACAUGGACAUGCCCAGCAUCGCAGCUGCGGAGAAGUUUGGACAGGACCUGCUUGCACAGGGAUACAUUCGACUAGUUGGACAAGUUGGAAACAGAUUCGGAAACGCUUCUUCUCUUAACUAUCAAUGGCAGGACUCCGUCAUGGCUAUUAUUGAGGGUAAAACCGACGCUUCCCAUGAGCCCAAGGCAGAACAGACUACUUCGCACUUGCAGCCCGAGUCUCACACUGCAUCCACUACAUCCACUCUUUCGGGAUACAUCAAGAAGUUCCGAAACCAGCCACAGACGGACCCUAUUCAAGCCCGAGCAGAAAUGCUGCAGUUCGAGCAGCGAUACAAGGAGGAGGUUGAGCAACUGGAACGACUGCGAUUUGAGCUGGAGGAAAAUAUUCUAGAGGUUUUGUCUUUCUUUGAGAAAUGCGAACUCGGGCGACUGGCUGCCUUGAAGAGAGUUAUGCAGGAUUUCGGAGAAGCCAUUUCAAAGGGAAUGGAAGGUACUCAGACUACAGCCGCGAGAGUUGCUGUUUACCACGAAUCUAUCCAGCCAAUCAAGGAUAUUAGAUAUACCGUGGAGAGGUACAAGACGGGUCACUUCAGUCCCAACCCUACAGCCUACCGAGGAUAUGAAGAGAAAGUAAGUGAUGAAUUCUUUGGAGUCGAGCUGGAACGACAGGCCCUCGCUGAAUUUGAAGAAGGUAACGCCAAGCAGGUACCCAUGUUCGCUCAAGUGCUGUUGACGCAACUGGACAGCUCCUACUCUGUCGAUGAUGAUCUAUCAAAGGUUUGGAGAUCAGACGCUGUUUCUCUCAAGGAAACCCACCAGCUGAAGCGGCUUGUUGACACUGUAACCAAGUUGGAUGCGCGUCGCCUAACCAGUCUCAAGGCCAGUGAGAUCAUUGCUCUUCUCAAACUCUAUCUCCUGGAGCUCCCUGACUCCGUGGUUUCCUGCAACAUAUAUGACCUUAUUCGAUCUGCGUAUUCUUCGAAUCCUUCUGAGGGGGACAGUCUUACAGCUCGACUUCAAAAGAUCGAGUCCACACUUUCUCAGCUCCCCCAGGUUCAUGUGGAUACUCUUGAGGCAAUCAUCAAGCACCUGAAGCGAUUCAUUGUCAUGUCCAAGAUCUCCGACGAAGACGUCGAUUACAUUUUUACGGACUUGGCCCGUGUUAUUAUUCGACCCUGGACUCAGAGUGCCACUACAAUGAACAGUAAACACGGCGUCAAAUUCCUCAGAGAUCUGGUUGAGAACGGCGACAAGGUAUUUAGCAGCCUUGAUACCAAGUUUUUGGCCCAGAGAAAUAAGAAGAACCGCCAGCGAAACGUCUCUUCUUCUGAACAGAACAGAAAAGCACUUGCUGAAGCCCGUCAACAAGCCAUUGAAUCCGCUACCAAGUCUCGAAACUCUUCUCCUCGAAGACAACUCGAUGAUACCUCUUCGCCCGGUAUUCCUCUUUCCGUAGCUCUUUCUCCUGCCAGAAAGCGAUCCGACUCUACAGGCACUCCCAAUGGUGGAACUACAGGUACUCCCCGAUCUUCUCGAAGCCAUCAUCAGCAGACUGUGCGUGGUUCGGUGGAUGUGGACACCCCUACUCGUCCUAGAGAUCGAGUCGGAAAGACCUCUGCUGUUUCUACACCUGUAGUUCACCAAGGCACCCCCAUGGGCCAGAACACCCCCUCUCUGCCUCACCCCACAAUUGAAGUGACUGGCACCUCUGAUACCGAAGAGAAAGACAAGGAGGGACCCAGUAAACUGACCUCCCCCGGUCGAUGGGAACGAGCUUCUAAGCCUUCUGCUACUUCUCUGGACGAUGCUGACCUUAGCGAGUCUCCUGCCAUUGAACACUCGGCUGCUGGUUCUCUGUAUGACACCAUUCCCAAGCCCAUUGACACUGACAUCCCUGAAACCUCCAGAGAAGACAAUAUCCCUGAGGAUUCCAGCCCCCUCGAUGAUAUGAUCACAACUUAUGAAGCAGAGUCGAGGCCUACUUCUUCUAGAGAAGCUUUUGAGAACAAGACCACUGUUGAGGAUAGAGAAGUGAUUGAGAUUUCCGAUGAGGAGUCUAGACCUGCCACCAAGGAAGCCAUUCCUAAGCCGGAGUCUGUGGUUCCCCCUGUUCUCGAAGCUUCUCCCGAAAUCAAAACUACUGUUGCCGCUGCAGAACGUGAGGAUUCUCCUGGUUUCGAUUUUCACGAUGCCGAGGAGUCCAUGGAAUACCAAUGA